AUGCCUGAAUCAUCUUGGCUGGAAGCAAGCGAUGCUCAAGCGACGCAUUACCCCUACACAGAAGCGCGCUCAGACAGCGGGUCGCAGGCGUUGCUAGCGGCACUGCUCGCGUCGAGCCAACUCGACGAGGUUUCGAACGCGGAGGACUUUGAGGCAGUCAACAGGCAUAUCCGGGGCAGAGGUCACACGCACGAGACAGGAAAGAUACAAAGCGGGCUGGCGUUCUGGCUGUAUCCGACAGGGUUGUACGGGCCAUACCACGUGGAUGAAGAGAGCGGAGAGGUGAAGAAGCACGGGGAGCUGAUUACGAUUGAGCUGGGCGUGGACGUCGGCGAGUGGAACCCUAACCACACGCGCGCUAUGCUCCCUCCACGACGCCGCCUCGGACGCCGUUCGUCGACAAGCGCGCCAGCCAGAGCAAGCCAGUACAGAACAGUCUCCGCAGGCGACAACCCGAACGGCAAGCCCAGCGCGCGCAGGUUCGCGUCCAGCCCGGCCAUCCGCCACCGCGCCAGCAGAGUUGCGCUGCGCGACCUCUUCGUGAAUACGACAGACGGCGCCGACGCCGACGAACAAGUCUGGACCGACGAGCACAACGACUCGGACUGGGAGCCGUACUCGUCGCCGCCGACGUCGACGCCCCCCGCCCCCGCCCCCGCCGACGCCCACCCGCGUCUCACGUACUCUUCGCUCCCGCCCACGCCCCUCUCGCCCUCGCCCCCGCCGCCCCUCUCUGCUCCCCCUGACCGCACCAGCUUUCCGUCCGACGUCGUCGACCUCGUCUCUCCCGCAGACCGCACCGAUGGCCAGCGCGAGGAGCCGUUCUCGCUCUGGGACUACCUCCGCGAAGAGCUCCUCGCCAACGACUUUGACGAGCACCAGGAAAUGAAAUGGGAGCGCGUCGUCAACUUCCUCUCCAUCCCGCUCGCAAUGGAAAAGAUCAUCGGCUUCGGCUUCCUCCUCUGCCUCGACUCCUUCCUCUACACCUUCACCAUCCUCCCCAUCCGCUUCGUCCUCGCCCUCGCCGCCCAUGCCCGCUCCCUCCUCCCCGCCGCCCGCGCCCAGCUCGCCGCGUCCCAGAAGGCCGACAUCCUCCGCGCCCUCCUCCUCGCCGCCUCCCUCCUCAUCCUCGUGCCCCUCACCGACGCCUCCAAGAUCUACCACUCCAUCCGCGGGCAGGACACCAUCAAGCUCUACGUCAUCUUCAACGCGCUCGAGGUGCCCUCCGUCGUCCCAACAGUGCUUUAUUUUACUGACUUUCAGACGCAGAUCGCGGACCGCCUCCUCGCCUCCAUAGGCCAGGACAUCCUCGACUGCCUCUUCUCCCGCCCCACCCUCGCACCCUCCUCCCGCAAAUCCAAGACCUUCCGCCCGCUCUCCUUCUUCCUCCUCGCGGUCCUCUACGUCGUCCUCCACACCCUCACGCUCACCUACCAAACCAUCUCCCUCAACGUCGCCGUCAACUCGUACGACUACUCCCUCCUCACGCUCCUCGUCUCCAACCAGUUCGUCGAGAUCAAGGGCUCCGUGUUCAAAAAGUUCGAAAAGGACAACUUGUUCCAGAUCACCUGUGCCGAUAUCGUCGAGCGCUUCACCCUCUCCCUCAUGCUCAUCAUCGUCGCCUUCCGGAACCUCCUCGAGCUUUCAGGCUCUGCUGUCGACUGGUCCGGCGAGGAGGGCAUCCCGAUGCCGAAAUCCUUCCUCCUCCCGAAACGCGUCUCCCGCUGGCUGCCCUGGGGCUGGCGCUGGGUCCGCGGCUCCGUCAUCGGCACCAUCUCCUACCCCGUCCUCACCGUGCUCGCGUCCGAGACGCUCGUCGACUGGCUCAAGCACGCGUUCAUCACCAAGUUCAACCACAUCCGCCCGUCCGUGUACGAGCGCUACACGGACGUGCUCUGCGGGGACCUCAAGGGCGGGUGGGUCCGGCCCGGGCGGAAGCACUCGUACGUCGACCAGUCCCCGCUCGUCGCGCGCCGCCUCGGCUUCGCCGCGCUCCCGCUCGCGAACCUCGCCAUCAUCAUCGGCUCGCAGUGCUUCUUCCUCCUGCAGUCGCAGCUGCAGAGCACCUCCGUUGCCGCGUGGCAGGGCGAGACGGCGCGCGUGGUCAAGUGGGCCGUGCUCGGGCUGCUGUUCUGGGUGUGUGCGGUGGUGGUGAAGAUUAUCAUCGGGAUCAACCUCCUGAGCUAUGCGUCGAAGCGGCAGGCGGGCGCCGCGCGCCGCGAGGAGCAGGAUAAGGUGAACGACUUUGGGCGCGAUCCGAUCGGUGAGGGCGCGGAGGAAAAGAAGUAUAACAGCGAGCUGAAGAAGUACCUCGACAACGCGCGCGACGACGCGUCGCCGACGGCCGAGAUCGGCGAGCGCGAGCCCGACGCGGCGGGUGACGGUGGCGGGAAGGGGAAGAAGCGGCUGAAGCUGGAGGAGAUCACGAGGUUCACGAUGGUCAAGCGCAUAUGGUGAUCGGGAAGCACAGACUGGUUCAUGUUGUAGCGUAUAUGAUGCAGAUCGUUGUUCAAUGGACAUACCGCACGCUGCUUUGAAUGAAUGACUCGGGUUGGGCCGGUAUUA